AUGAAAGUGAGUCAUGCAAACGUUACAACAUCUCUAACAAUACCGCCGCUAUCGAUUGAAGAACUGAUCAAUGCAGAGUUAUCAGUUUGGAAAGACACACAAAAAGAUAUUUCUCUUGAAGACAAAAAGCUGAAACACUUACAGCUAUACAAGGAUCAUAACCUUAUUAUAAGGGCAGGUGGUCGUCUGGAGAAUUUGUUGGAUCCUCAGGAGUCUAACCCCAUUUUUCUCCCUGCAUAUCAUCCAAUUACGAUUGCGAUCAUUCACCAAUUACAUGUCAAAUCCAACCACACAGGUGCCAACUACGUUCGCAGCGAAUUUCGAAGAAAGUUCUGGUCUCCCAGAUUAUCAAAACAAGUGUUAUCUGUGAUAAAAUCUUGCAUGACUUGUAAGAAAUUAAACGCAAGACCUUAUAAAUAUCCCAAUCUAGCACCGUUACCAGCUGAAAGAAUUCAAAAAAGUAAGCCUUUCACCCACGUCGGCAUUGACUUGGCUGGACCUUUCAAAGUUACUCUUGAUAACGACUCCCUUGAAAACAGAUGGAUAGCUUUGUUCACCUGUUUCACGACAAGAGCUGUACACCUUGAAAUCGUUUCAAACAUAUCAGCAGAAGCUUUUGCUUUGUGUUUUCGCAGAUAUGUGAGUAGAAGAGGUCUCCCUGAGACGAUCCUCUCUGAUAACGGUACAAACUUCACUGCGACAAACAAAACCCUACAAGAAAUAGCUCACUCAAACGCGAUAAACCUACAAAACCUGAAAAUAAAAUGGAAAUUUAUCACACCACUGAGUCCGUGGAAAGGUGGUGUUUACGAAAGAAUGGUUGGUAUUGUGAAAAGAUGUCUUAAAACGACCUUACAACUACCAUGUAGUGAAUCAUUGUUUAACACACUGACCGUAGAAGCGGAAGCCAUAGUAAACAACCGCCCUUUAACGUACACAUCCGACACUCUCGAAGAAAUCUGUCCCGUGCGACCGAUCGAUUUACUUGGCUACGAGAUGCAUGUUUUUCCCACAACAUACGAUCCUGCUAACGAUAUGUUCUCGGCCUCAGAAAGUCAUGAAAGUAUUAUUCGUAGUUACCGCGAUUUACAAACAAAAAUGAACAAAUUCUGGCAUAGAUGGUACACUGAAUACGUAUUGGGACUGAGAGAAAAACAACAACUGGGAUUAAACCAGAAGAGAUAUGUAAAAACCAAACCUCGCAUUGGUGAACUAGUAUUAAUAACAGAUGACAAGGUUCCUAGAAACUGUUGGCGUCUAGCAACCAUUCUUGAACUAUCUCCUCUAGAUGAUCCACGCAUGGCAAAGGUCAAAGUAGUACAACGUAACACGUCAUCAGAUAGAUCUGUAUCGAAGAUAUUGGAAAGAUCGAUAAACCACUUAGUGCCAUUAGAAAUAGCGCAAGAUGAAGAGUCACCAGUGAGUCCACAAAACAACCAAGCAGUUAGUCCCACAGCAUCUCAAUUUGAGGAACAAGAAUGGCAGCGAAGUAUAUUGCCCCAACUACUUCGACCACAUAUAGAGACACCAGAAAUCGACCCAUUUACACUUGUCCCAGUUGAGGCUAAUAAUAACAGCAAUGACGAAUACUUACAACAUGUAACUGACUUGACAACCCCCUCUCCAGCAGAGCUAAUCUGCAUUGACGAUGACGAUGAUUCAGACGAUAUAAUUUUCGAAGGUUUCCAUAAACGUCAGUUCCGUCACCCUCGAAAAGCUCAUAAAAACGUAUCCUUUGCCAGUCUUUUACAAACGUUCAUAAGUUUGUCAAUGAUCACCUCGAUAACAGCCACAACAAUAGCAUCAGUUCAAUGUAGCAAAGGUGGCUUAACCAUUACACCCGGUUUGAAUGACUCUCAUAUAACUGUAUGCUCGGGAUCUGACUUCUGCAUAACUCACACUGGUAAUGAAACCUUUCUGGCUAACAUACCCCCACUUUUGACUCUCAAUCCGUACGAACUUCUAAUUCGCAUUGCUUCUAAUCAGUCAAACACUAAAGUCUUCACUACAAAAUGCCCUGCGGCCCCCUUUUGCGAAACUAUUAACUGUAUUUUUUGUGCAGCACUGAUGAGUAAUCCAACAUGUUGGCCACGUAUGGCAUUCACAACAACAGCACUGUACAUUUGGCUCACUCUCUUUCUUACAACAGCCGUUGGCAUUCUAGCUCUACGCAUUUGGUCUAAAAUCAAGAGUUUGCUUCUGUUCAUACUAGUAACCCUGUGGUUAGUGAUAUCGCGAUGCCUUCCAUCUCGCACAAUUAACAAACUAACCAAACGACCGGCCAAAAUAUCAUUAAAAGGAUGGAAGCCAUCACGCACGGCUAUCCGUUUAGCCACUAUUCUUACUUUAGUCCACACCACUCUAUCUUGUAACGCUAUUACGCUGAGCAGUUCAGUUAUUAAUCAUUGCACAGAUAGCUCAUGCCACGACACUCGAGAAGUUCAAAUGAGUUUUGAUCAUCUCCAUCUCGAAAGCUGUGUAGCAAUCAAUAACUCCAGCACUUACGACAAAAUCGAGAUCUUAUCUGUUCGUCUAACGUGCGCUCGGAACACUUUGUUCUUCACCAAGCCUACAUCCACUCAUUUCCGUUCAAAGAAACGAUGCCCUGCCAUGGGUUCAUGCGUAGGCGACUACUGUCAACAAGUGAAACAUGAAGAUGAAAUACCCGAACUGCAUUUAGUCAACCAAUAUCCCGGAAAAACGUAUUGCUUGGAUUCUUGUGGUUUUCUAAGCUGCGGUUGUGGUCUUCCUUCGGAAGGAUGUUUAUUCUACCGAAUAUAUCAAAAACCCCAAAACAAACUCUAUGAAGUAUUUGAAUGUACACAGUGGUUACCUACAGUAAAAUUCCGCGUCUCUUCAACUCGAACUAACGACAGUGAAGUUGUAAUAACUCAACCUCAAACCACGUUUCCUUUAUCGCUGUUCAAUAUCACUAUCACCCAGCUAUCACAUAACUCUGAUAUUCAACUCAAUAAACGCUUCAUAGCAGAGUUACAAGAACCUUACCGUGUAACAUUUCUACCAGAUGACACGAAGUUCACGUACACAUGCUCCUCAUUAACAAACUGUACCGUAAACGAUCAAUGUUCAUGUCAUACUUCCUCUGACCAAAUAAACUGCGAUUGCUUACAAAAUAAUGUUACAUCUUUAUUCACAGAACAAUCGACUUUCCCGACUAUUCGACCCAGUGGUUCAUACCACACUCACCCCAAAAACCAAGACCCGUACUUCCUACCUUACACACAUUCCGCACAAAUACUUCUCACAUUUAACAUGUCCAAUCUCCAAAUACAAGAUGAUGACAACUUUUUCGCAGUUAGCAUGAAUGCAAGCCUUCUUUCAGGAUGCUAUCAUUGCGCACAUGGGGCUCAAGCAACUAUAAUCUGCACUUCAGAGACCAACCGGGCAGUACUUUUGACAUGCCCCGAUCAACAAUUCAUGAUUCAUUGCGAUCCAUUUAACCAC